GGGUGUAGCGAGCACUGUGUUGCCAUGGCGACAGAGGGCGCCGUUUCGCUGCUGAGAGACUGAAACCUAACAACCAAACCGUAAACAAACCGCCUGCUGUGGAACAUCUACAGGAGAUCAGCCUACAGGAGAUCAGCCUACAGGAGAUCAGCCUACAGGAGAUCAGCCUACAGGAGCCUCCAACACCAUCAGAAUGUCUGAUAUACUGUGUCAGUGGUUGAACUCUGAGCUCCGGUUGUCCAAACCUGUCGAGCCACUUUCUCUGGCUAAAGAUUUCUCUAACGGUUACCUGCUGGGUGAAGUUCUGCACAAACACAAGCUCCAGCAGGAUUUCCAUCAGUUCUCCAAACACAGCACUGCUAAUGCAAAGCUAAACAACUUCACGCGUCUAGAGCCCACGCUGCAGCUCCUGGGCGUGACCUUUGACCUGGGCGUGGCUAGGGCGGUGAUGCAGGGUCAGCAGGGCGCGGCCUCUCGUCUGAUCUACCAGCUCUACAUCCUCCUGCACAAGAAGAAGCGCUCAGAGCUGACGAGCGCCAUGCUGGAGACCAUGCAGCCUGCAGGCGUGUCCCGUCUGCACCGUGUGGAGAAGCAGAUCUACACCCAGCGCUUGAGGACGAUGGUGAAGCGUGAAGCAGACGUGAAGAUGCAGAAGAUAGCGCAGAGGUUUGAUAAGCGAGGCCGUGAUGCGUACAGCCGCGCUGUGCUAGCUGAGCUGGAGCGAGACGAGAGACGGCGCCACCUGCAGGAACAGAUGAGACUGCAGGACAUCCAGAAGCACCGACAGGCUCGUAGGAAGCAGCAGGAGAUCAUGGAACGCAUUCACACAGCUACAGUGCAGAUCCCCAAACCUCCUGCAGCUCACUCAGUCCGAGAGACGAGAAAACACAGACUCCUCCACCAAGCAGAUACUCAGAGUGUUGGUCAUCAGAUCAGUGAGUUUGAGAAGAACAGGAAGAAAACAUCUCCUGCAUCUUGUCCAACCUCCAUCAGUGUGCAGCUGAAGGAGGAGCAGAUGGAGGAAUGGAACAAUGCGUAUGUGCAGAAGAUCAGGAAGCGUCUGGAGGAGGACACCAUGGCACGGGACCAGAGAGAGAAACGCCGCCACCGUGCACUAAUCCAACAGCUACACACACACCAGACCCAUGAAGAGAUGUUGCGGGAGGAGCAGCUGAUUGGACGGUUGAUACGUGAGUCACAGCAGGAGAAGCGAAUCGCAGUGCAGCUGAUGCAGAUCAGAGAGCAGAAGGAGGUUCUGAGACAAAACCGCAUCCUGAGGGAGAGAGAGAUACACACACACACACUGAGAGAGUUCCAGCUCACACAGCACCGAAACAACACACACACUGAGAGAGUUCCAGCUCACACAGCACCGAGAAACAGUUGUGUUGAGCAGGAUCGGAUUAAUCGGGAGGCGGAGCUUCGUAAAGAGCGGGAACUUCACAGGCGUCUCGCUGCUGAGCGUGCUCAGUCCAAACACGUCAAACACCUCAACACCUGCAGGGGGAUUCUGGAGCACAUCGUGGAUCUGGCAACCAAAGCAGGAGAAUACCGUCUACUCACUGCAAAUCUGAUCCCACUGAAGUUGAUGAGGGAGUGGAAGGAGUUGUGGUUGAGUGAGAAGCCGCUGUAUGAGGCUGAGGCGAGUCCAGAGCAGGACAUCGCUGAGAAACUCCACAUCCUCAAUGAGCAGGACUUCACUGACUACAUGCACCUCACCCGCAUCAACCAGGCUCAUGGGAUCCACAUUCUGUCAGCUGAUGCUCUGAUCCAGGAAGCACUGGAAGCUCAUGGCCCAGGAGAAGCUGGAUCGGAGAAGGGUUUGAGAGCUCAGCAUGGUGCAGCUGUGGAAGAAGCACUAAAAACAGGCAAAAGUGUUCCUGAUGUUCUACUUGUUAACAUCAUCACAGACGCAAUCAGGAGGGUUCCGUCAGGUGAAGGUUGGGUUCUAGACGGGUUCCCUGUGGAUAUUUCUCAGGCUCGGCUGCUGGAGAAAGCUCUGGGAGGAGACGAGCCUGAUCAGGAGCACACUGAGGGCCAACACACAAGCCAUGAGUUAGCAGUGGACAGGUACGGCCCUCAGGCUCCGCCCACAUCCUCACCUGUGCUGCAGCUCGCUGUGUUACUGGAGGUGUCUGAUGAGCAGGUGCUGGAACGUCAUCAACGCUCAGUGCAGGAGAAAGAGAUGAACACUGAACUGACAGUGCCUCCUGCUGGAGAGAGUCAGGAACAGACACAGGUCCAACACAGGAUUGUGGGGUUUCAGGACUCUUGGUCCAGGCUGGAGGACUGGUUUGGAGUGGAGCAGAAGAUCUUGGUGAAGUUGAAUGCUGAUGAGGAUGAGGACACUGUGUACAGGGCGCUGGAGACUGUGCUGUUACACGCCAUGGACACUGCAGGGAACGGACCAGAAGACACAUCAGAGAUUGGAGACGUAAUGAAAGCAGACUCAAAUGAUUAUGGUCCUGCAGGUGAGUCAGCUGCUGAAGCCCCACCCCUUCAGCCUGGCUCCUCCUCCUGGGUGUAUGUGGAUGAUCAAAUACCCAAGGAGCUUUCAGAGAACCUGCUGUCACACUGGAAGAACAUGUGCAGCUCAUACGUCUCUAACGUUAAAGCUGUGAUGCAGAAUCUGCGCACGGAGCGGAACCUCAUCAUACACCACCUCUACAAUAUCAGAGAGGAAUAUAAACAGUACCUAAUGAGACCGGACCUGAAGCAGGAGUUUCUGUUUGCAUGGCAGUGUGAAUAUAACAGUGUAGCAGAUGACAUGAGACAUGAAGAAGAGACCAAAUCAGAACUGCACCAGAGACUGGAGGAUCUGCGUGAGCGUCUAUGGGAUAUCUGUGAUAAAAGGAAAGAAGAGGCAAUGCAGGAGAAAGCAGCACUUACAGAAGACGGCUGGCUCCAGAGUCACACUACUGUUCUGAUUAACCACUACUGUACUCUCAUACAGGUGGAAGUGGACAGGUUUCACUACACACUGUGUCUGUUGAGAGAUUAUUACUCAGGGAUGUACAGAGCUGCUGUACCGGAAACUGCACUUCAGUUCACCUGCAUCUCACUGCUUCCCAUCACCGACGGCAACAGCAACCAACGCGAGAGGACAAAAAGCUCUGCAGGUUCGGCUGCAUCUGAGAGAUUUACAAAGAGUGCUGGGAAAAAAGACACUGAGACUGAGGAGAAGAAAAAACCCAGAGUGCCUUCCUCAGCUGACUCCAAAAAAAAUGAGUCUGUUCACCCUGAUGAGAAACUACUGCAGGAGUUCCUUCACACUGCUGUAACUGCUGUCUCACAGCGGGUAACAGCACAGAUGCAGGAGUUGGAUCAGGAGGAGAAUGAGGAGCUGCAGCAGCAGAUAGAGAAAGAUAGAACAUACACACAAUCUCUCACUCCAGCUCCUGCAAUACAGAAGAAAGGAGGCAAGAAGAAAGUCCCCUUCUCCCCAGCCCAGGAGCCCAUCUCACCCCCCCCACCAGAGGAGAAUGAAGAGGAAGUGCAGAAGAGAACAGUGAGAAACACAAUGAGACUGGAGUACAGAACUGCACUACAACAUGAGGAGCGUUUGGUAUAUGAUCGUCUGGAGCGAGUAAAGCUGAAGUGUGUAGAGACGUUGCGAAGUCUCCAGAGUCGAGCAGAAGCAGCUCACAGAGAGAUGGAGGAGUGGGGCGGAGCUCGCUUCCUGUCUGAGGUCAACAGCAUUGAUCAGCUAGCAGUCAUCAUUCGUUACCACAUCGAGAGCGGCUCACAAAUCACACAUGAGCUCACAUUAGCAUGUAGCAACUUUCUUAUCGAUGGAGACACACGUGUGGUGGUGACUCCGCCCCCUCCAUCCCACACACACCCUCCUGAAGUGACCGAUAAGGGCUCUCCAACUGUGCAGCAGCUGUACAACCUGCAUUCCCAUCUGCUCAACAUCGCCCCUACAGGUCUGGUGUCCUGUGGUACAUUGUGUGAGGUCCUGACUCUCUGCAUGGGUUCAGAUGUUCUCUUUAAAGCCUGGAUGCGAUUCAUAGACUCACUGGACUGUGGGAUGGUGGACUGGCGUCAGUUCCUGUUGAGUGCUGCUUGUCCGUGGCCACUUCCCUCACAGGCACAACUAAGAAAUACUCUUGCACACUUUAAAGAGAUCGACACAGAGGGGGGCGGAGUCAUCACACUGCAGCAGUACCUACAGUACCUACAGGUACACACACAAACACACAGAGGGGGGGCGGAGUCAUCACACUGCAGCAGUACCUACAGGUACACACACAAACUCACAGAGGGGGGCGGAGUCAUCACACUGCAGCAGUACCUACAGGUACACACAAACACACAGAGGGGGCGGAGUCAUCACACUGCAGCAGUACCUACAGGUACACACAAACACACAGAGGGGGGCGGAGUCAUCACACUGCAGCAGUACCUACAGGUGGACUUGUGGUUUCCCACUCACAGAGAACUUCCUGUUCCUGAUUCAACCAAACCUCAACCCGGUGACAGACUGACCAACCUCAGAAAGUUCUUCUUUACUUUGUUCUCAGACUCCGCCCACUCCCCACCUGUGUGUGACUACAUGAACAUGCUGCUGUAUUUCUGCUCUCAUCCUGAUCCAGCACACGGCUUCACCAGAGCACUGAGCCUAGUGACACAACACACACUGCGCUACACACACACACACACAGCACCGAAUGGUGUGUACACUAAAUGUGUGUGUGUGUGUUCGUGCGUGCGUGCGUGCGUGCAGGUGGACUUGUGGUUUCCCACUCACAGAGAACUUCCUGUUCCUGAUUCAACCAAACCUCAACCCGGUGACAGACUGACCAACCUCAGAAAGUUCUUCUUUACUUUGUUCUCAGACUCCGCCCACUCCCCACCUGUGUGUGACUACAUGAACAUGCUGCUGUAUUUCUGCUCUCAUCCUGAUCCAGCACACGGCUUCACCAGAGCACUGAGCCUAGUGACACAACACACACUGCGCUACACACACACACACAGCACCGGCCUGCUGCAGUCCUAUGUCACAGGUGAUGUGUGUGAUGAAGAGGAGAAGGUGUUUGAGGGUGAUGAAGGUGGUGUAUCUGUGGAUGAUGUUCUCAGAGUUGUGACUCACAGAGGAGCUCCAAUCUCAUCUCACACUACAGUUUACAACACAGAGGAGCUGAAGCAGGAUCUCAUGGAGGUGUUUGAAAGGCUUGGUAUUAACCCCGACACAAAAAUACCGUUUAAUUUGUUGUCUCAACAACCACUUCUUCAACAACUUAUGAACACAUCACAGUACCUGCUGAGAGACUUGUCCCGAGUUUUGGAGAUCCAGCAGAGUACUUCAGUAGAAGAUCCUGCAGGUGAAAUUCCAUCCACACCAACACCAGGAGAAGCUCCACAAUAAUGUACAUGGACAGGAUCAGUUCCCUCGUGUAAAUUCUUCACUCAUCAAAACUCAUCUUACUGAUACACCAACCACACCAACCCUCUCCUCUCUUCACCAACUCCACUGAUGGACCUCCGCAACCUUCAUCUACAGCUGAGGAUCUUCUCUCACUGCUUUUCUCAUGGCUGCAGGAUGGAAUGUGAAGUGACCAUGGAGAGCGAAGAGCAACCAAGAUAAAGUGGAGAGAAGCACAUCUUUAUAAAUCUCGUACACAUCUCUUUCUCUCUCUCUCUCACACACACACACACACACUUGUUUCUCCUCUUAAAGCUCAGUAAAAUGUGUCUGUAUAAAACA